CCGAGGCCAGCCUCUGGAGACGAGAGCAAGGCCAACAUCAUUAGUGAUUCCCAGUGAGCUGUCGCAACGUUAGCACGCCAAUCAUUUGACAUCCAGUCGACCCUUGCCUUUACACACUCUCGUGAUGAACCGUACAGGUACGUUGAGAUGUCUCACACGGUCUGCGCAAUUUCGUCACAGUCUUUGAGUCGAGGGCGCAUGUCAUAAGGCGCACGCAAUGUUGUCCGAGUAACACGCGUCUCAAGACAUGAAGCGGACAGCAAACACUUCGCCCAAUGGCAGGCAACGCAUUCCAGACACAACCAAGCGCAACUCGCUAGGUCUCGAUCUCGACAGCCCGGAACCGCUGUUCACCACCUUCUCCACUCCAUUCGCAGACAACCGUUCGCGCCCCGUCAUUCCAGAGUUUACGCUGCCGGGUGGCUACACGGUCACCAACGUUCCAGCGCUAGCUUCGCGCAUGAGUGCCUUCUCUGACGAGACGCUGUUCUUCAUAUUCUACCAGAACCCGCGAGAUGUCGUGCAAGAAAUGUCCGCUGGCGAGCUAUACAGCCGCGACUGGCGCUGGCACAAGGAGCUGCAGCAGUGGAUGAUGAAGGACAGCCAGAUGGCUGCUCCUAUCCGUGUAAGCGAGCGUAGCGAACGCGGCAUGUACAUCUUCUUUGAUGCCAACAACUGGCGACGCGAGCGCAGAGACUUUGUUCUCAAUUAUGACCACUUGGAUCAGAGACACGGCGCCACCCAGCCUCAGGCUGCACUUUAGGAAAGUGUCCUGGUCGCCGCCUCUACCUCCGGUGCUCGCUCAUCUGAUCAGACUGCACGCUCCACUCUCACCUCUAGUGCCCUUACGGCGGCACGACUCUCUGCAUCAACUCAACCUCGUUCCGCCAUGUACCCCAUGUCGAGACCCCC